GGACGGGGGGGGGGCGGUGUGUGGGAGUGGGGGGGGGGCUCGCACACGGACACCCCACGGGCACCCACACUCGCACCCCGGCUGCCUCCGGCCACGGUGCGACCGAACCUCUCGGUGUCUUCUCCCCCCAGAUGUGCGAGAAGUUCACCAUCUGUGCCAACAGCGUGGAAAUGCUCGUCCAGAACAACCUCAACCUCCCCCAGGUGACGGAGGAAGACGGGUGUCUGCUCGCCGGCUUCGAUGAGGAUAAGUGCUUGAAGAAAAUCUCCAGUGGCCUUUAUACAUUUCAGACAUACCUUGAAUACAUACAAGAAACUUUUACGAGUGAAAAGCAAAAUGUUGAAUCGCUGUGCUAUAGUACAGAGCACCUGGCACGUACCAUAAGACAGAUGGUGAUCAAUCCCGAGGAAGUGACCAUCCCAGACUCAGCCACCCAGAAAACCCUUCGUGCAAAGCUGAAGUCCAAUAAGAACUGGAUAGAGAAAAUCACUACCCACCUCAUCCUCCGAGACUUUACUUCAUUUAUGGAGAAAACUGUGAGGGCCAUUCGCUAUUUGAAAAACACCAGGAGUUUCAGUGUCUGAAUGUUUUAAUUCAGGCACAAUCCUUUGUUACAAAUCUGUCAUGUGGCAGAUGACAGUGUUGUUCUGUUUUAAGAACCAAAGAGAGUAACAAUGGUUUGCAUUUAUAGACA